CUUGGAAUUCUACCAUGAGUAAGUCACUCAGCCCCUCAGAUGCAUCUUCAAAUUGGCGUUCGAAAGCUAAUAUUGACUCGUUGCCAUCGCCAUCCUCUUUUCCUGGUAAAAAACAGCGCUUUACCGGCAAUUAUCAUUCUCGCCAGCAGCCUGCCUUUCAUAGUGGCGCAAAUUUUGAAUCUCGUCCAUUCGAACCUUCAAACGCCAAGAAAUCAUUGCCAGUGCAGAAAGCUGAAGAUCACCGGGAGAAUGACAGCGGCGCUCUGCAGGCCAUUGAAGAGGGUCGCCGUUUAUAUGUGGGGAAUCUUCCUUACAUGGCGAAGGAGCAGGACGUCCUGUCGUUAUUUGGAGGAGACGGUUACAGCGUAAAACGAAUUGAUAUCUCCAUCGACCCUUUCACAGCCCGGAACCUCUCGUAUUGCUUUGUCGAUCUUGGGAGCAGGGAGGAAGCAACUCGUGCCAUGGCAGACCUCAACCAGCGCGAAUUUCUGGGCAGGCCACUGAAGAUUGGUCCAGGCAAGGCGAAGAAGGGAUCAAGACCACCUUUAUCGUCAAAACCUAUCCCCCUUGUGUUCGAGGGCUGGCGCGAAUCAAAUGCGUCAGACCACUGGGAAGGAUAUGCUGCCCAGGGGAGGCGAUUGUACGUUGGCGGACUACCGACGAUGGCUUCCCAUCGUGUCGUCAACGAGAACAUACGUGAGCUUUUCCGUGGCUUUCAACUGGAGGCGGUGAGCAAGAUGAUUUCUCCGUCCGUCCACAGGCCUGGUCCGCGCAACCACUUUUAUGUCUUCGUGGAUUUUACCGAUGCCACGGAAGCAGGGCAAGCCGCGGAAAAGUUGGACGGUACAUUGGCGUUUGGGGGUAGAAUUCGAGUGAGCGAGAAAGAUGGGAGGAAGGGAAGGAAAGGAAUAAUUUCCCAGUAUUGGAGCGCGAUGACGAAUGAUCCAGAAUAUGAUUGA